CUGGUUUGCACUUCCCACCGAAUAUCCUCCAGCAAUUCCUUCUUCCCUCUCUGUUAAAAACCCUCAAAACAAAAUAAAAAAAGUUUGAAAACUAAAACCCUGAGAAGAUCAACAAAAAAAACCACGAAAAAUGAGUGAAACCUUGAAGAACAAGUACCAAGUAUGUGAAGAGAUCGGAAGAGGGCGGUUCGGGAUCAUAUCACGAGUGUUUUGUCCCGAAACCCAAGCCUCGUUCGCCUCCAAAUCCAUCGACAAACGCCUCCUCUCCGACCCCCAUCGAUCGACAAUGUCUAGAAAAUGAGCCUAAAAUCAUGACCCUGCCGUCUCCCAACACAAACAUCGUCCAGAUCCACGACGUCUCCGAAUCCGAACACACCCUUCAACUCAUCCUCGACCUCUGUCAACCCUACACUCUCCACGACCGGAUUUUACACUUGUCUGAACCCCAAGCUGCAUCGUACAUGCAACAGCUCAUGUCUGGUCUGGCUCGUUGUCACGGGCUUGGGAUUGUUCACAGAGAUGUUAAACCCCACAAUAUUUUCUUUGACUUUAGAGGUAAAUUAAAGAUCGGGGAUUUCGGUUCUGCAACAUGGUUAGGUGAACUUGGAAUGGUCGAUGGGUUGGUGGGGACACCUUAUUAUGUUGCUCCUGAGGUUGUGAUGGGGAGAGCUUACAAUGAGAAGGUUGAUGUUUGGAGUGCCGGUGUCGUUUUGUACGUUACGUUGGUCUGUGUUCCGCCGUUUUACGGUGAGACGGCGGGGGAGAUUUUCGAGGCUGUUUUGAGAGGUAAUCUGAGGUUUCCUUGUAGGGUUUUCAGAUCGGUUUCGGGUGGGGUUAAGGACUUGUUGAGGAAGAUGAUUUGCAGAGAUGUUUCUAAGAGAUAAUCUGCGGAACAAGUUUUGAGGCACCCCUUGGAUCAUGAAUGGAGCGUUUUAAAUAACAUCAAAAGAGGUUGAAAUCAUCAGUGGAAACCAAAGUAUGAAUAAGUCGUCAAUGUAAAUAUUAACGACAAGUUGGUCCCCAAACCCAGAAAGCCCACCGGCUGCUUUGCUUUCACCGGAAUCCGGUGUUUCCUUUUUCACGUGGGGUUAAACCGCCAUGAACCUACCAGGCUACCAGUCUUUUUUUUUUGUUAAUGGAUGAGCAGUG